UUCCCAGCUCCAGGAUGGGAUGAGGGGCUGGGGGGAGUUGGAUGAGAGCCUGGAAUGGGGGGUCCCACAGCCCCCCUCUCCCUUUGGGAUGCAUCCCACUAUCCCAGCUCCGCUUUGGCCCCUUUAUCCGCCGUGUGCAGGGCUGGGAAGGCCUCCAGGAGAAGGAGGAGGAGGAGGGGUGGGAAGAGGCCAGGCCGGAGCUUUGCCAGAUGUGGGAAAGGAGGGAAAAGGGGGAUACGUUCCCUGUUGCUUCCCAACGCCUUGGGGACCCCCUUCCCUAUCCCGGAGCCACCGCGGGAAUGUCUGAGCUGACUCCACUCAUCCCGGGCGAGCGGGACAAAGUCGGGAUGAUCCCGGAGCCGCCGUGGGUUUGGGGGGUGGGUGGGAGCCGCUGGCGCCGCUCCCGCCCCGCUCCAAUCCCCGCUCCAAUCCCGCGCCGAUCCCGCAUUGUUCCCGGCUCGGCGGGAGGAGGAGGAGCAGGGCCGAGGGCCAGCGGGAAGGGAGGCGGGAAGGCGGGAGCCGGGAAGUGCUGGAGCCGCCUGUCAUGUUGGUGGAGCUGCUCUUCCAGGCUGCCUGUGUGUCCCUGCUCCUCUCCAGCGGCCAGGCCAGGGGGUAUCCCGGGAGGAAGAAGCCGGGAAGUUUUGCCGUGGAGAGGCGCCGCGGGGGGCCCCACGUUUGCUUCCCGGGCUCCGGCAGCGGAUGUUGUCCUGGCUGGAUGCUGUCCCCGGGCAGCGGGAAGUGCACCCUGCGGAAUCACCUGCCCAGAUCCGCCGGGAACGUGCGGGGAGUACGGCUGUGACCUGUCCUGUAACCACGGCGGCUGCCAGGAGGUCGCCCGCGUGUGUCCCGUCGGCUUCUCCAUGGCGGAGACUCCCAACGGCGUCCGCUGCACCGACAUCGACGAGUGCCGGAGCGGGGCCUGCGAGGGGCCGUGCGUGAACACGGAGGGCGGAUUCGUGUGCCAGUGCGGCUCCGGCCGGGAGCUCUCCACGGAUCGGCGCAGCUGCCGCGACAUGGAUGAGUGCCAGGCCACGCCGUGCCAGCACCGCUGCGAGAACAGCGUCGGGAGCUACCGCUGCUCCUGCCGGCCCGGAUACCAACUCCACGGGAACCGGCAUUCCUGCCUGGAUGUGGAUGAAUGCCGGCGGCCGGGAACGCGCCGCUCCUGCCAGCACAACUGCCACAACAUUCCCGGGAGCUUCCGCUGUUCCUGCCGCCCCGGGUACCGGCUCAGCACGGACAGGGUGUCCUGCGAAGGGUAUCCCAAAGCCAUCCUGGCCCCGUCACCCAUCCUGCAAUCCCUGCAGCACCCGCCCACCCUCGUCCUGCUCCCUCCUGGCUCCCACCUGCUCCCAAGGGGCUCCCCCUCUCCCCACAUCCCUGUGGCAGCUCCCGGGACCCAAUUCCCACCCUCUUCUCCGUCCCUGUCUCCCGGUACCUCCAUCCCACCGUCCCCUCGCUGUCGGCACCGCGGGGUUUCCCGGGAGCCCGGCGCUCGCUGGACAGAGCCGGGAUGCCGGAGCUGCACCUGCCAGGAGGGACGAGUCCUGUGUGACGCUGUGAGCUGCUCCAUUCCCUGCUCCCACCCCCUUCCCGCUCCGGCCGGGGGGUGCUGCCCCGCCUGCACAGGGUGCCUCCACGAGGGGGUGGCCAGAGCAGAGGGCGAUGUCUUCUCCCCAUCCGAUGGGAAUUGCUCCAUCUGCAUCUGCUUGGCCGGGAACGUCUCCUGCCUUUCCCCGGAAUGCCCUGCAGGCUCCUGCCCCAGCCCCUGCCAUCCGGCCCUCCUGACUCCGCCUUUCCCAGCCAAGUGCAGUUUCCGGGGCCGCACGUACGCGCACGGGGCCCGGUUCAGCCCGGACGGGGACGGAUGCACCACCUGCGUCUGCCAGGGCGGGGAGGUGGAAUGUUCCUUCACUCCCUGUCCCAUCCUGGACUGCCCCCAGCACCAGCGGCUCCUGCGCCCCGGGCAGUGCUGCUCCUCCUGCCGGGACCCUCCGGCCCCCGCCGGUUGCUUCCUGGAGGACAACGGCGUGCAGUUUCCCGUGGGACAGCUCUGGUCUCCGGGCGAUCCCUGUGAGUUAUGCAUCUGCCAGGCAGACGGCUCCGUGAGCUGCCGGCGCACGGAAUGCCUGGAGACCUGUCCCUAUCCCAUCCGGAUCCCCGGGCAGUGCUGCCCCGACUGCUCCGCAGGCUGCACCUACAUGGGGCGGGUGUUCUCCAACAACGAGACCUUCCCGUCGGAGCUGGAUCCGUGUCUCAGCUGCAUCUGCCUGCUGGGAUCGGUGGCCUGCUCGCCUCUGGAAUGUGCCAUCGUGUGCUCCUACCCCUUCCACCCCGAGGGCCGCUGCUGCCCCGUCUGUGACGACUGCAACUACCGCGGCAGGAAGGUGGAGAACGGGCAGAGCUUCACCCCCGAGGGGCAGCCCUGCACCCGCUGCGCCUGCCAGCUCGGGGAGGUGACCUGUGAGGAGCGGCCGUGCCCCCACUCCUGCUCUGAGCCCCCCGCGAUUCCCGCUCCCUGCUGCCCACCCUGCCCAGCCACAGAAGUCCGGCUCCCGCUGCAGGGCAGUGACCUGGCCCCAUCCCUGGCCCCGUCCCUAUCCCUGGCCCCAUCUCUGGCCCAGUCCUCGUCCCCAUUCUCCUCCCUGGCCCCAUCCUCAUCCUCGUCCUCAUCCCUAUUCCCAUCCUCAUCCCAAUCCCUGUCCCCAUCCUCAUCCCCCUCCUCCUCCCACUCCCCAUCCUCAUUCCCGUCCUCCCUGUCCCCAUCCUCCUCCCAGUCCCCAAUCCCUAAGGAUUCACCCCCUGGCACCUCCCACCCCAGUGCCCCCAAAUCCCGCCCCCGCCUGGCCCAGCUCCUGCUUCCCAACACAUCCACCGCCCCCAGCCCCUUUCCCGGGAUUUGGGAUGGCGGGGAUCCCCCUCCCACCACCCCGAGCCCCUCUGGACACCCCUCGGUGCCCCCCGACCCCCCCUCCGAGGCCGCAGCCCCCCCAGAUCCCACGGGCUGCUCCGGCCCCGAGGCUCAGGGAUCCCUCGGGAAUGCGGAUCCCGCUGCGGUGCCGCCGGACAGCGGGAAGAGCCCCAGGUGCCGAGUGCCGGGAGGAGGAGGAGGAUGAGGAAGAGGAGGGGGGUCUGCAGGAUCAGGCCCCUGGGGAGGGGGGGCGACUGUUCCCCCCCCGCCAAUAAACUCAUCCUGGUAUUUAUUCCCUGUCCCCUCCUGCUUGGGAACACGCGGAGCCCGGGGCUUGUCCUCAGCGGGAAUUUUGGGAUGAGCGGCCUCUGCGGGAUGAGGAGGGAAGUGCUGGAGUUGGAGUUUGGGGACAGGGAGGACGUGUCCUGCCGGGAUCCCCAGGGAUCAGGAUUCCCAAGGCUGGGAAGGCCCCGGGGACGAGGGUGCUCAGGGAGUAGGAUCCCGAGGGCCGGGAGGUCCCCAGGGAUGAGGAUCCACAUGGAUGAGAGUCUCCAUGGACAAAGGUCCCCAGGGAUGCAGGUGAGGGUGACACCCACCGGUGUCCAGGGACACGCCCCAUUCCCAGGAAUGCCCCGCCCUUCCCAGAGACACACGGCACAGGGGGGCUUCUCCACACCUUUAUUGUCCUCGGGAGCGGCAGGAGGGGCCGGGAACGGCGGGAAAAGGAACAUCCCUGCCAGCCCCCAAGCUGGGAACCGCCGGGAUCCCCCAUCCCGGCUCAGGGCAGCCGGGACAGCCCCACCUUGUUGUUGGCCCUGUCGAAGACGACGUAGUAUUCCCGGAUAAACACGUCCCCAAGGAUCCAGAGCUCUCCCUCCUCCGUGGGGGCAUCCAUGCCUUGGAAUCCCAGGCUGCAGACCCCGCCGCUCUGCUCCGAGCACACGGAACGGGGGGGUCACCGGCUGUGGGAUCCCCGCCCCGCGUCAUUCCAGCCCCGUUCCCAGCGGGAUGCUCACCCGGAUCACGUAGGCUGUGGCCGGCACCGGGAAUGCUUGGCCGUGGAUAUGGAAUACGAGGUCGGGCAGUCUUCUGGCAGCCUGGCAGCUGAUCUGGGCGGGGACAGGGUGGGUCAGUGGCUAUUCCGGCCCGGAAAAAACAUCCUGGGAAGCGUCCCGAGGGCUCACCUCGCCGUUGGAGCUGGCGCCGAGGGCGCUCAUGACGAUGCGGAAGGCUCGGACGGGCAUGGCCAGCAGGGAUGUUCCCGUAUCCACGAUGGCCUGGCAUCCCGAGGAACAGGCCGCCGCCGCCCCGUUGAUGGAGACGCUGGAAAAAGGGACGCGGGGUGAGCUUCCCGAGGUCGGGAUUCCCCAAAAACACCGGCUGGGGGAGCUUCCCGGGAAUACCUGUCCAUGGUGAUCUGCCAGUAGGUCUCGGCGGAGAGCGGGAUCCAGGAGAUUCCUUUGGCGGUGUAAAAGGGAUCGAUGGCGCCGAACAGGACAAAGCUUCCGGCUUUGUCAUCCCUGAAAAGAGGGAUCCAUCCAGGGAUUGCCCACCCUGCCAUUCCCACUGGGAAACCGGCACCGGCGGGAGGGAGACGGGAGAACUCCUCAGCGGCUCUGGCCGGGAUUUACCUGCUCAGGUAGACAGAGAAGAGAUCCCGAUCCACGAGCCUUUCCAUCAUCAUGUUGUCGAAGACGGGGGUGGCUCCGGAGGAGGCGAUGCUCGGGAAUGCCAAUCCCAGGAUUCCAUCGAAGGGGGUGUAGUAGAAGAAAUCCCCCGGCUCUGUCUCCGCCAGCCCGAAAAUCUGGUUCCGGACGUUGAUCCCGGCGACCUGGGAAAGGGAGAGAGGACUCCGGACAUGCUUCCUGUGCCGUAGGCAAUGAACAGGGUGUCGUUGGUGCUCAGGAAGGUGGAGGAAUCCGCGGGAUUGAAGCGGUUGUGGUUCCCUGAAAGGGUCGGGAGGGAGGGAAUCACGGGAAUGAGGCCAUUGGGAAUGAGGGUGGCACCUCAGUGUCCCCGGGAGAGAUGGGGCAGAGCCAUCCCUGGCUCCCAAGGCCUGGGGGAUUCCCCAGCGUCCAAGAAGCCACAGGGCUGCCGGACACACUCCGGACACCCGGAGACAUUCCGGACACCUGGAUACACUCUGGACACAUUCCAGACACAUUCCAGACACCUACUGCAGGCUGGGCUGGAGCAGAAGACAGAGGGAACCCAAAGGUUGGAAGAGCCGGUGUCGAAGACGACGGUGAAUUCCUGGGCUGGAGUCCCAAUGGAGAUGGUGCCGAAGUACUCGUCCUGUCAG